AUGGCCUCCGACCUACUCUACCUCUGUUUGAUGACCGUCGUCUUCCUUGCCAUCUCUUCCAUUAUCUUGCAUCGACUGCUGAUUUCAAGACAUGAAUACGACAUAGAGGAGAUUGUCGAGUUGUCAGAGCCUACGCCUCUGGUCCAGAAACUUGUUUCACAACUUCCCGAUAGUGUUAUUCUACCUCAACACAGCCAGAAUUUUAAGGAAGGAUUGAACGCGUACUGGGCUCAACAAGAGUGUGAAAUUAUCCCUGCAUGUAUCUUACGACCCCGGAAUGUUCAAGAACUCAGUAUAGCAGUCAAAAUCUUAAAAGCGGAAUUUGAUGAGAGAGGGAAUGGCCAAAAGAAGGUCGGAAUAUUUGCUAUUCGGGGAGGAGGCCAUUCGCCGGUCCCGGGUGCUGCUAGUAUUGAAGGUGGUGUGGUGGUUGAUUUGAGAUAUUUGAGUAGUGUGACUUUAUCUGAGAAUGAAGAGACAGUAACUAUUGGUGGAGGUGCGAAGUGGAUGGAUAUCUCGAAGGUGUUGGAUAAGAAGGGACUUGCUGUCGUUGGUGGUAGAAAUGCUGCUGUUGGGGUUGGCGGGUUGACUUUAGGUGGUGGUAUCUCCUUCUUUACUCCCCGGUUCGGCCUCGUAUGCUCCAAUAUUGUCAGCUAUGAAGUCGUACUCGCUGAUGGAUCUAUCGUGGCCGCUUCCGCAAACAACAAUCCCGAUCUUUGGAAGGCAUUCAAGGGCGGUUCCAACAAUUUCGGCAUCGUGACGAGUUUCGCGCUCAAAACUUUUCCGUGCGGUGAUAUCUGGAGCGGUUUCCUAUAUUAUCCUGCAUUCCAGGCCUCCAAAGUCAUAACCGCUUUUCACGAGACCGUCAAUAAGAUGAAUAAUGAGAAUUUCAGCCACGCUGCUGGUCCAUUGACGUCCUUCUCUUAUCUUCCAAAACUCAAUCUGGAGGUGAUCGCGGUCAACCUCGUUUCAACCGAAGUCGCAGAGAACCCCAAGAGAUGGCCGCCUAGCUGGAGAGCGACUCCAUUCUCAUCGCUGUGGCGCUAUUGGAGCACCUGCAAGGCUCGCAGUUUGACCAACGCAACAGCUGAGCUCAAUGCACUCAAUCCUCCCGGUAGACGACAAACUUUCGGUACAUUGACGAUCAGAAACGAUCUAGCCACAAUAUCCACAGCACAUGCUUUGUUCCGCGAAGCAUUUGCUUCGCUUCGGCAUGUCAAUCCAAAAGGAUUACUGUGGACGAUUGUUUUUCAACCACUCUUCCCAUCCUGGGCUCGGAAAGGCGACAAAAAUCCACUUGGACUUCAAGAUACUAGCGAACCGCUUGUAAUUGUAAGCUUUACCGUCAAUUGGGACACUCGACUUGAUGACAUCUUUGUGAAAGAAACAGCGCGCGUCACCAUUGAGAAGAUUGAAUCUUUCGCACUUGCGAAUGGCACAAAUCAUCGGUUUCGCUACUUGAAUUAUUGUAAUGAGUGGCAGAAGCCGUUCGAAGGUUAUGGAGAAGAGAACCGGCAGUUCCUCAAGGAAAUAAGUAGGAAAUAUGAUGCAGAUGGAUUGUUCCAAAAAGGUUGCCUUGGUGGCUUCAAGCUUGAUGUUGAUUGUUGA